UUGUUACUGUAAGAGAAAUAAAUUUCUAUUGUAAGUUGAGAUUAUACAUAAACGCAAAAAUCAAAUAAUUGGCGGACAAUGCACUGACAUUGAUUGAAAUACAGGUGGAUUGUUAAGUUACUUUAGAAAUCUUUUAGGAAGCAGAGAAAUGAGAAUAUUAAUUUUAGGUUUAGAUGGUGCAGGUAAAACCACAAUUUUGUAUCGUUUACAAGUUGGUGAGGUUGUUACAACUAUUCCGACAAUUGGUUUCAAUGUGGAACAGGUGACUUACAAAAAUCUCAAGUUCCAAGUUUGGGACCUUGGUGGUCAAACGAGUAUAAGACCUUACUGGCGGUGUUAUUUUUCGAAUACCGAUGCAAUAAUUUAUGUUGUGGAUUCUGCAGAUAAAGACCGAAUAGGAAUAUCUAAGGAUGAACUUUUCUACAUGUUAAAGGAAGAAGAGCUGCAAGGAGCUAUUCUUGUUGUUCUAGCCAACAAGCAGGAUAUGGAAGGUUGUUUGAGUGUUGCAGAGGUUCAUCAGGCCCUUGGCUUAGACCAAUUGAAAAAUAGAACAUUCCAAAUUUUCAAGACUUCUGCUGUUAAAGGAGAAGGAUUAGAUUCCGCAAUGGACUGGCUUUCAAAUGCACUUCAAAAUAAAAAGUGAAAUUUUUAAUAAGUGGAUAAAGACAAAAUUAAGUCUUAAAAAUAAAUGGACUAUUUUUUACUUUGGGCAGAGAGUACAGCGGAGCAGUUCUUCGCUCUAUUUCUCUUUGUUAUGACUA